AUUCUACAUAAAUUGGAUAUGGAGACUACAAAAAAGCGCAAACUGUCAGACUGGAUGAAAGCCCAAAUGAAUAAUUCAUUUUCAGAUGCAUUAAGCUGUAGCACAGAUGCAACUGAAAAGGAAGAAAAUUACUUAGUUUAUGACGGAGAUGUAGGAAUAAGCUGUAAAUACAACAAUAAUUCAGAUCAUUUGAAUGCCUGUAGUUGUACAAAAGGUAUUUCUGGUAUUUUAAACUUAGCCUGUUCUGAAGAUAACCAAAACAUAAAAGCAGCAGCCAAUUAUGAAACUCCUCUACAGCCUGAAGAAUUCUCCAGUCAUCACAGAGGCACCAGAGGAACAACUGGAGUUCCAGUUGAAAUGCUGGGAAGUGAAGCCUCCUUUAAGAAGGAAUUACCUGUUGGUAGUUCCAGUAAACCAGAGAGCAAAGAAAAUGUAACUACGUCCAAGAUGUCCCAAGUCCUCCUGCGUCAUUUAUCUAGGGGAGAAUUACUAAGCACAUGCCACUUAAUUGAAUGUGAGACAAUACCAGAGGUGUCCUUUACUGAAAGUAUCGAUGACACUGGGAGCAAACCUGAGCCUUCAGAACACAUCCAAGGCCCUUUAGUGCACGAACAAUGGGCAACGAGCUCCGAGGAAUAUGCCUUCGAAAAGCACGAAGAAAUAAAGGCUCAUGACAAAAAUGGAAACUCUUUACAUGAAAAUAGAUCUGUUUCAAAGAAACCUACUUUUUUUUCUGAUCAUUGUGGGUGCAGACAAGAAUAUCCACAAUUGAUUGAUGAGACUGGAGAUACACACAUCUUUCAAAACAUGAAAGAUGAGAGGGCCCUGUUCAAGCGAACAGUUUCACCUUGUGAGCUCAAAUACGGCCAAGGGCAAGCUCACUGUUGCCUUCCUGACUUCUCUCAAGUUGCUUCAGAAGUUAAAGUACUAAAAAACCCUGACAAUAUUACCUCAGUUCCUUCAUCUGAGAGAGCAAAACCCUUUCCUAUUUUGCUAAGUAAAUCAGUAACUGUGAACAACAUUUUGGAAAAUAAGAAUUACUUUGAUUCUGCUGAAGUCGAGGAUCAAGAAGAAAGGAGUAUUUCAGAACUGCUGCAGCAGCUACAGAUACUUCCUCAGUCAGACUCGGCAAAUGCCAGCGUUGCCAUUUCCUCAGGACACGCUGGGACACCACCUGAUGUCAUCACGUUAUGUGCUCCUGUCCCCGUACAACCUACACAUGGUUUGCUUAAAGCAAGACUGCAGCCUGGAACAGCAGCAUCAGCAGUACCAGCAGCUGGGACAGCAGAAGUGCAGUGUCUAAAUCCUUCGCAUUCACUGCCAGAACUAACACUAGGAGAAAAGAUGUCUCAAAUACUAAAGGAUCACACAGAGCAACUGACUAAGAAAGUGGAAGACUUCUCUAAGCAUAUGAUCCAGGAAACACUCCUUUUACAAGACAAAUAUCUGGCAUUAAAUCAACUGAAAAGAUACCUUGAUGCCUUGGAAAGAAAUUACUUAAAAGCUAGAGAAGAGCACCACAGCUUACAGCUGCAGAACUACAAGGACAAGCCUAUCAACCUUGGAGAGUUUGAUCCUGAGAGAAGAGUGGAAGGAGGAAUAUUCAAACUUGGCAUGCUGCUUGAAGACAUUCAAGAACAAAUCGAUGGCAGCAAAGGCAGCCUGUCGUCGUUGCUGACUUCCUAUGAAGCUGCCCAGUCUUUCUGUGAGAGCUCUGCCGUUUCAAGCACUGCUGAUCUUCCACAAAGAAGAGGUACUGAAACUCCGUUUUUCCAUAAGAAGCAUGAAGGAGAAAGAAGUCAGACAACUGAUGUAAUCCCACCAAGAAAUCAACUUUCUUUAGAAGGCAAAAAGUGCAAUCUUUGUCUUCACAUAAAUACAAACAUCCAGGAAGGAAAAACUGGAACAUCUCCGCUCUUCGUGCAGAGAAAACCUACUGAUUUAUCAGAUACCAACCGGAGCAGCGAUUCAGAAGACUUCUCAGGCUGUGAUUCUUAUAAUGAUUCACAAAGCAAGGACCUUGUCAACUGUGACACUCUAAGUUACAAGUCAUUAAAUACGAGAUUAUGUGGAGAGAGAAAAGGACUUAGAUGCAGAUGCCCCAGGGGAAGCACAGAUCAAGUAAAACUCAGGAAUUACAAGGAGUCUGUUCAGUCUUGUACCCUAUGUAGAAAAAGCAGCUGUGGUUCAUCCUCUUAUUCACAGAAGAGAAUCUCCAAUCAAAAGGCUCAAAAAAUCAAACAGCCAGGUGAAGUUGUAACCAGACUUUGUGAAAGGAAAUCCUUUGAGGCUGCCCAAACCUGCUGUUCAAGCACAUAUGAUAAAAUUAUCCUUUCACAUCAACACACACCCGGCAGGAAAUCUGCCCAAAGAAAAUCUGCGAUCAGCAUCAGAAACAGAAAUGCCAAUGAUUCCUACGCAAAUAUUUUAAGUUCUACUCUGGAUUAUGCCAUAGAGACAGCAAACAGUUUGAAGAAAGCUACAGAGCGAAUGGUACAAGCAGUUUCAGAAGAUCUAGCUAAAGUUAAAAGAAAAGAGUUUUAAUUAACUAGUUCAAAUGCUAUAUUGUUCUGCUGGUUCAUACUGAUGUGUUAGUAUCUCUGCAAAAACAAAAUUAUGAACAUACACAAGAAAAAGUCAGCUAAUUAACUUUGUCAGCUCCUCUGUACCUAUUGGUACUAAACCAGAGCAUACAGGUACUCCACGUUUACACUCAGUCUUAGAACUGUAAAACAAAUUAUUAAUUCUACUGAAAGUCUUUAGGAGGUUGGCUAAUCCCCAUUACUGUGUACAGAUACCUUCUCUAAGUAUUCACUUAAGACAGUUCAAUAAAAAUUGGCUUAAACAAGCAAAAUUAACUUUCUGACUUGGAUUUCCCCCCACUCCCAAGUGUGAGAAUAAACCUCAGUCAUUACUACGUAUCAUUUCUUCCCACAGUUCAACAGCAGCUGCCCAAUCACACCAAGAGAAAACAGCCUCUGUAACUGAGACAUCUAGAAGCAAACAUCAUCUUAACGUACCAAGUCAUAGUCAACAUUUUAAAUUAUUUUGGUUUUAAAGUGCCCUACAUUGAGAGUUGUUUGUUUUUAAGAAGUAUCUUUGUAUGUUGCAAUGACUGAAUUGCACCAUUUGUUGUUUAUGUAUUUGU